GAAUGUCUGCCAUAGCCUAGCAACCGGCAGCGGGAGGCAUGGCAACGUGAGAAAUGAGACUGCGAUGUCAACCGCCCCACGUUGCUCGUGCGAUUGUCCCCGGAACGCACACGCGCGUCGCUUGAGGCCGAGAGCUAUUGAGGACUUUGGGAAAUGUAGUCUUAUGUGUCGUGAAGUGUUUUUGGCAAUGGCCGUUCUAUUUCAAAAGUUGAGGUCACACAUUUAUAAAGCAUUCCAAAUUUGUGUUUUAGAAUAACACAAAUUGUAUCUUCACCAUACAUCAAGCCAGAAACUCCCUUUUGGAGUUGAAUUUUUUACUGUGCGAUUGCUAAUUAAAAAGUGCGGGGGUGUGCUUCCUCUGACCAUUUCUUCUUCCGGCGUUCUUGGCAAUAAGGGGAGGAAAAAAAAGACGAGUGAGCGAGAGCGAGAGAGUGAGUGAGGGAGCGAAGGCGCAUGUCAUUUGAAAUGAAAGGACGCGCAGUGAGGACAGCGAGAAGAAAGGGGUGACGAGGGAUGGCUUUCACCUUCUCAGCCGGCGGGGUUCGGAGCUCCCUUUGACGACCGACGCGUCCGAGGAUGCGGUUCAUCCCGGGAAGCGCCCGUCCGCGGGAGGGCGCCGACCGCCGGCCCCCCGCCGUCUGAGCAUGCAGGUGCUGCAGAUGGUCAAGGAGCUGGUGUCGCCGUCCAGACGCUUUCCAGCGUCCGACAGCGAUCGGGAUGCCGCCGUGAAACUGGAACAGGAACGAACCGAAAUUGUGGCCAAAUAUGAAAAGGGAAAGGAGGCCACCGUGGAGCCCUGGGAGGAUACCGACUUUCACCUCUACAAGGUCGUGGACCGCUUUGGCUUCGUGCAUGAAAAGGAGCUUCCUUCUUACGACUCUGUGGAGGAAAAGCACAAGCAUACCGAAUUGGAGAGGACUACCAAGUGGCUGAAGAUGUUGAAAAGCUGGGACAAAUACAAAAACAGCGAAAAGCUCGCGCGUAGGAUCUACAAGGGAAUCCCGCUGCAGCUUCGGGGGGAAGUCUGGUCGCUCCUGCUGGACGUUCCCAAAAUCAAGGAGGAAAAAAAGGACUUCUACGAGAAGCUGAAGAGCCGGGCCAAGGGCUCCUCGCCGGACAUCCGCCAAAUCGACCUGGACGUCAACCGAACCUACAGGGAUCACAUCAUGUUCAUGCAUCGCUACGACGUCAAGCAGCAAGCCCUCUUUCACGUUCUCACCGCUUACUCCGUCUACAACGUGGAGGUGGGCUACUGCCAGGGCAUGAGUCAGAUCACAGCGCUGCUGCUCAUCUACAUGAACGAAGAAGACGCCUUCUGGGCUUUGGUCAGGCUACUGUCGGGACGCAAGCACGCCAUGCACGGCUUUUUUGUCCCCGGCUUCCCCAAGCUGCUCCGUUUCCAGGAGCACCACGACCGCAUCUUGAAGGAAAGGAUGCCCAAGCUCAAGCGUCACCUGGACAGUCAAGAUGUUCUGACCAGCCUUUACACCAUGAAGUGGUUCUUCCAGUGCUUCCUGGACAGAACGCCGUUCACGCUGACUCUCAGGAUCUGGGACAUCUACAUCCUAGAGGGCGAGAGAAUUCUUCCCGCCAUGUCCUACACGGUCCUCAAACUGCACAAGAAGCACUUGAUGAAGUUGUCCAUGGAGGAGCUGGUGGACUUCCUGCAGGUGACCUUGUCCAAGAAUUUCUUUUUCGACGACGACGUGGUGGUGGAGCAGCUGCAAGCCUCGGCGGCCGAACUCCGAAGGGCCAAGCUGGAGCUUCCCCCGCCAGGUAAAGAGGAGGAGUUCCCCAAGAAGCCCCUGGGGCAGCUCCCCGAGUCGGCGGGCAACCACGUGGGCAACGGACAGACUCGCGCCGAGCCGCCGCCCGCGCCAUCGCCAGGCGGCCGUCCCCCUAGUCGGUCGCGCCGUGACUCACCGGACAAGUCGGUAAGCCCGCGCAAGUCCGACGCCAAGGAGGGGCGGGUCAAGAUCGCCUCCGACGGCCGGCGCCCGCCCGAAAAGGGCCCGGUUCAGAGAGAAAGGGCCGCCGACCACAACUCCCAUCGAGAUAUCGGGCCUCGUUGGUUCAAACCCUCCGAAACCAAGCUGGAGGCGGCCAAAGCUACGGCGGCCCAGGCGGGGCAGCGGAACCGGGCGGGAGCGGCCUCGCCCGCCCCGUCCCAUUCCGAGCGCCGCCCCCUCUCCGAAGGCUCUGUUCCGGGCGCCGACCGCGGUUCCAACGCCUCCCAGUACGACAACGUUCCGGGGCUGGAGCCGGCGUUUGAGAUCUUGGAGCUGGAGAGACCGCCGUCUCGGACGCGUCCUCCUCGCAGCGAGACCCCCGCCUGCUUCGUUGCGCCCGGAUACGGCGAGACCGUGUUUUCGCCUCAGUUGGGCUCUAGGAUUCCCUCGCACCCGCCCGCGCCCUCAUCCGGCCACCGUCAUCCGGCGGGAGUCCAGAAGCGCUUCCCCGGAGACCAAAACCGUGACCAGCCCCCUGCUGAGGUCCCCGUCUUUCACCCCGGGAUCAGACGCGGGGACCCGGCGCUCUGUGAUCAACCCUACGCCACCGUCAGGCAAAAAAAUGCAGCUAAACGCAUCUCCCCGGAACAGGCGCUCAUGAACUACUACGUGACCCACCGCGUGCCGAGCCACCCGCGUGGUCCCAGACCGCCACCCUUGCUGCUGGAGUCCCACGGGAGCACCACCCCUCUCUAUCUGCAAAAGCUGACCUCCGCCGCACAGGUCCGGGCCCCUGCGGACGACGGUUCCCGAGGGCGCGUCCCGGAAGGAUCCCGAUGGGGCCGGGAGCCGCCGUCGUCCCCGGGCGGCGUGCCUCGCUCGCCCAGCUUUCAGAAAGCCCAGAUGUCUCCCGUGGAGGUGUUCGAGUUCCCGGAGGACGGGAUGCCGCGGCCCGUCGCUCACCAGCGACUCCCCCAGUUAUUUGGGGGAGCACACUACAGGCACGCACAGGAGGUCUUUGCCAUGCAGGAGUCCAUGCUGCUCUGAUUGCCAGCCAGCCAGCCAGUUACCCUUUUUAAUCGUACGUACUCCGCUCUCUCUCGCUCGCACGUCAGUGGACAAGUAAAAGGACAAUUUCCGACUGUUUUUUUUCGGAAGAUCAGCCUUUGAAAAAAGUUGAGAGGCUUAAGAAUUGAUUUGAUUUUGGGAUGCAACAAAAAAAAGAAGCCAGAGUAUAAAAAUAUUUCUUUUAGAGGCUGAGAUAAAGAGCUUUUUGUUGAGUAGAGAGAAAAAAGUGACUGUCCAUCUUUAUUUUUGCUACGAGCAGCUGUCGACAUUGAUCUCUGUUCAGUAGUAGUAACCAAACGACGUACUCGGCGACUUUUUCAUCUACACUCAAGCACCUCCAUUUUGUUAUUUUUGUAUUUAAUUGUAGUCAGAAUUCAGUUUCAGGGACACGUUUCUCCCUGAUUAACUGAAGUGCAAUCUGUUGUUUUUUUUUUGUUUUCCUCACACACACUGUGAGUACUGUACUACAAGGCCAGUGUCGAUUUUUGUUGAAACGCAAAUGUCAUUUGUGAGGGCUAUUCAUCUUUUGUCGAGCGGCUUCAAUACAUUUUUAAUGUCAUUUAAAUGCCGUUUAUUUUUCCCCCCAUAAAUUAUUUUGUCGACUGACUUAAAGAUAAUCUUAUUUUGACUUGGCUGCGUUGCAGUUCACGUGUUUUUUUGUUGUCAACACUGUCAAGCGGACUACUGUUCGCAAACACUAAGCGUGUUUGUAUAAUAUUGGAGCGUUGAAACGUUCCUGAUUUCUAACUCGCUGUCAUGUUCUCUGACAUUCACUAAGAUGUCUUGUUUUCUAGACUUACCGGCAGAGUUGCGUCUGUUGCUAAAUAAAAGUUGGAUUGGAAUUCAA